AUGACUCAUAUCAAUACUCGUCUUCUCGAUGCUAAUGAAGAACGUUUAAACGCACUUACUCCUUUGCGUGGUUAUGCAACAAAGCAUCUUGUUUCAUUAAAAGAAGCUGUUGUAGAAUUACGUGGAUUAGUUGAUGACGUUGACGCUCGCGUCUGGACAGCAACAAAUAGAUGUAAAAAUCCAGCAGACAAACUUACUCAGGAUGAAUCAGCCGCCAUUGUGCUGUAUACCAUCGAGUGGGACCCCGAUCAUCCUAGUCUUUAUUCAGUCCUCAAUCGAACAUUGCGCCUUGAAGAUCGAAGGAAACUUGUUCCUUGGUUUUCUUAUUUAAAACUAUUCUUUACAGCCUUGUUCAAAUUGCCAUCAAUUCAUUGUACAGUCUGGAGAGGUGUGCGCGGUGAUUUACGCCCGCAGUACAAACAGGGUGACAAUGUUACAUGGUGGGCAUUCAGUUCAUGUACUAUUGCCAUCAAUGUUCUGGAAAAUAGUCAAUAUUUGGGCACAUCAGCUCCACGCACUUUAUUCGCAAUCGACUGCUUGAAUGGAAAAGAUAUUAAACAGCAUUCAUACUAUGCACAGGAAGAAGAGAUAUUGCUUCUUCCAUGCACACAUUUCCAGGUCAUUAGCCACUUGAGCAGUAUGGAAAAUUUAUAUAUCAUUCAUUUACGCGAAGUACCACCACCAUUUAUGCUUCUUGAACCGCCAAAUCCUAUGUCAACAGGUAAGAAGAGCAUGAAAUAG